GCCAUUUGUUAUCAUCGGCCCAACGAACAACUCACAAGGCAGACUCGCGCUGCCCCUGCGCUGCCCCUUUGUCUCGUACACCAUCGAGAGGGUGCAUAGCAGGUGACUUGAAACAAGGCCAAGAUGCUCACCUUCUACUUCCUCGCUGUCGGCAUCUUAUACAUCAUCUAUGAGCGGCUCGUACUGUCCCCUCUCAACAAGCUCCCGGGACCCUCGCUCGCUGGAGCGACGCGACUAGUGCUCAUGUAUCAUGAGUUCACGCGCACCAGGAAGCAAUGGAUCCACGAGCUUCACCUUCGGUAUGGUCCCGUCGUGCGGAUUGCCCCAGACGAGGUGUCCUUCGCGAGCUGGGAUGCAGUGAAGGAGGUAUACGCCUCCGAAGGCAGCGGAUACGAGAAGACUGGAUUUUACAAGCUGUUUGAUAAUUAUAGCACAAUGUGCAUGUUCUCCGCCAUAACGAAGGGUCCCCAUGGAGAACGCAAGAAGAUUUUCUCCGACAGAUACGCCAAAUCGUACAUCAUGCAGCCAGAGACUGUGAGCGGGAUUGAAGACCGUGCUGGAGAAUUUGUCAUCGCAUGCACGGAGAACCUCGGCAAAGCUGUCGAUGUUUAUGUCUUCCUGCAUUGCUAUGCACUCGACUGUAUCACGUAUCACCUGUUUGACCCGCUGGGGACGCACACACUGACUGACGCAGCGGACCGAGUGAAAAUGAAGGAAAUCGCGUACCAAGACAACCUCACAGAUUCAUACAAGGAAUACUACCUCACAGACCUGAUCCCCAAAGAGGUCGAGGCCUUGAUUUCCAAGUACCUACGGCGUCCUCCCCGACCCCGGCGCAUCGCGACGCAGGUGAUGAACACUGCUCGGCGGAGUGACGUUGCGAACCACACCGUGCUCUCCAAGCUCCUCGAAGCAAACCUGCCUACGAAGUCGAUCGCCUCCGAGAUGCUGGACCACGCCAUCGCGGGGCACGACACGACGGGCGACGGGCUUUGCUUCCUCAUGCACGAGCUCUCCCUCCCACGUUCGUCGGCGAUCCAAGAGAAGCUACACUGCGAGCUCGCGGAGAACCCGAGUGCGCCCAUAGACGAUCUGCCGUACCUCGACGCGGUGGUGAAAGAGGGUUUGCGGCUGUUUUCGCCCAUCCCGAUGAGCCUCCCGCGCAGGGUGCCGACGGGCGGGCGGCGCAUUGGCGAUGCAUACGUGCCGGGGAACACCAUCGUGAGCUGCCAGGCGUAUACGCUGCAUCGUCUUGACGAGAGGGUGUUCCCGGACCCUGACACGUUUAUGCCCGAGCGGUGGUUAGAAUCUGAGGGCGUCACAGAGCGGAACCAGCUGUUCUUCGCGUUCAGUACGGGCGGGAGGGGAUGCAUCGGGAAGCACCUUGCUUUGCUGGAGAUGAAGAUGUUGUUGAGAGAGGUGUACUCGAGCUAUCGUACUCAAGUUGCACCGGAGAUGUCGGCAUCCAUGGAGCAGGAUGACCAGAUCAUCGCGUCGCGGCCGAAGGGACAACAGUGCCUACUGAUAUUCGAGAAGAUAGCUUGAGGACUUUGACAUGCGUACAAAUGUCACGCGUCUGUUGUAGUUUCCAUAGACUACCUGUGCUGCAACGGAUGUCCUGUGGAGACAUCACCAGCACCUUCGGCCUGGGGACGCUAUGCCGUCAUCCGACACCGACUUCAGACCUUGGCAAGCUCGCAAACAGACGUGAGUUGCACUGCGAGAACGCAUUGAUUUGUGGACUUGCCAUGGUGCAUCGGAG